ACCAAUAUAAACACGCUUGCAUAAGAAAAUAAACAGUAGUUGUUAGAAUUACAAAUUGCACUUUGAGCCUUUCGUUAAUGUAUUAAAUUUCACAUUUACUAGUUACAGAAAAAGAAAACCACAAAACUGAAUUAUGGCCCAAGAAAUUCUGCUACUAUAUAGGAUCUUAAAACGCAAACAAUCUGACCCUCAUUUUGCUGUUUCUGCUUGAAUUACGACUCUUCGGCCACUUGAACAAAUGUCUCGCAGUGUCGUUUCAUCAUCGGGAGCAUCAUCAGGCGAUGGUCUGUACGUAUGCACCUUUUACAACAACGCAUCAGGCUGUAACCGUCCAAACUGCAGGUAUCUGCACCUGUGUCAAUACUGGGUAGUUGGUAGAUGCGAUUUUGUGACCAACUGCAAAAGGUCACACCAGGUCUGGCCUUCGGAGCGCCUGAAGAUAAACAAAGCCGGCUACGAUCCGGAUAAUUAUGAACUCUGGAAAGAUCUGAUAGUAAAUUUGGAAGAAAAGCUGGACGAAAAAAUACGAUUACCAGAUUUGUGCACGCAUUACAACUCGACACGAGGGUGCAAUAAAGGAGAUAAGUGUCCGUUUAUUCACAUGUGCAAGCACUUGCUGGCAUCGAAAUGCAAAAACGAAAACAACUGUGAAUACAGCCACAAUGUGUGUCCAAAAGAUGCUAAUAUUCUAAGGAAGAAUGGGCUCGAAGGUGAUAUUACGGACCUUACGAUCGGCUACGUACAGUUAAAAAGAAAGAAAGUUCCGCCAACCAACCAAAAUAUCAGAGCUAAGUCCGGCGCAAGACCAAAAAAUGCAAAUUUCACUAGAAAUUCUAGGUCUGAAAUCGGUGCCCCAGUUACUUCAAAAGUAGUCACAGACCAAAUUUGUGAGCAUUUCUUGCGUAACGCAUGUACUCACGGAGACACAUGUUAUAAAACGCAUCCUAAAGGCAAAACACCAUACGUUUGGAGAUACAAAUUCGAAUCUAACGAUGAAUGGAAACAAAUUGAUGCGAAAGCGAACGAGGAAUUGGAAGAGAGUUUUGCUGAUCCCAAAAAUCGGUCGAAAUCAGUGGAAAUGAUUCCAGGAUCUCAGGAGCCACUAACCGUUGACUUUGAAACAAUGAGAACGGAAGAAAGAUCUGUUCAGAUUUCCAGACUGGCGAUUGAUGACAUUUGGGUUUGGUACCUGGAACACGCGCCUGAGGAGUGGUCGGAGUUUGGGGCCCUUUUUGGAAACAGCCAGAUUGCUUCCAUUGACUCUUCUCUAAUUGAAAUGAAUUUUCAAAGGUUGACCGCUCAGCGACCUAUUGAGAUAAAAUUCAUUAUUGACGGGGAUCGCGAAGGCCUCGAUUACACUCUGAGACUUGGUUUGCAACAAGACGGAACUAUGAAAGCCUUGGCGAUCAGCUCAAAUGGUUACAUCAAACCGGUCUGUCGAAGACCAAAAAUAAUAAAAGAAAAACCAUUUGAACAAACAAUAUGCGACAACCACCCUAACAAACCAUGCGACUCCGUUAGUUGUCCCAUGUAUAGAUACAAAGCAGCUGAUUUUUUGUGGGUGUGGAAAGAAAAAAACUCAAAUAAAUGGAAGCAUUUUAGUGUAGCAAUUGGAACUACACUUGAGAAAGGCUUUUCCUUGCCCAAUGUGACAGAAAAGACGGUGAUUGCCAACGACAAACUGAAGCUUACAGUUUCAAUCGAUGGUUACGGGGAACUUUGUAAAGUUACACCUGAGAACUACGAAGUCAAAAGAUUAUUCUACAAGCACGAACACAGCACCGCUUCUGCCUUUGCCUGGUACUGGAAAGAAAACUUGGUCUCUGGAACUUGUUUGAACGCUCUUAGUGAGCUUUUCGAGUUAGUUUAUAAAGAAAAUGAGAAAUGGAUUGAAUAUGGAGAGAAAGGCGAUAAAAGAAUUGAGAGCAGAAAGAAAUCGUCUGAUAUUGAACUUCAAUAUCAGUCUCAUCGAAGCCAAUCUGUCUUGCUCGAUUUGAACAUGGACAAUUCACCAAAUUAUUUGUUGAAUUUUUUGACUUUAUCCCAAAUAAAUACUGAAAACGGGACAAUCAGAGAGAUCCGAAGACGUUUGGAUCUGGGUCCGGAUAGACGCGUCGAGCUCGAACUAGACCAGAGAAUGUCGGGAUUCAUCCCUCGUUAUUGGGACAAUCAAAAACUGGAUCGCGCAAUCGGUCUUACAAUUCAUGACAGGGAUUACGUUAUAAUUUCUUCCUACUGUAAGACAAUGAUUCCAGAAGCUUCUUCCAUCUCCGUACGAAGAAUUGAAAGCCACAACCUAUGGAACAUUUAUUGCUUGAGGAAAAAUGGCUUGGAGCGGACAUCAAAAAUCUUACCAAAUAAAGCUGUCAACGAAACUAUUCUUUUCUACCCGCUAAGAAAACCCCUGACAGACUCAGGCAUCAAUGAAAUUAUUGAAGUUAGCGUAUCAGACAUCAAAGAUAAAAGCUUAGGGUCUGAUUUGAGUUUUAAAUUUGAAAAUGGAACCUAUUUUGCUUCAGACAUUUCAACUGCAAUAAAACACUGCGAUGGUGAUCAAGGUCAAAGAGAUUUAGUCAUUGCUUUUGCAUGCAGGGGAAGAUCGGGAAAAGGACAGUCAAAAUCUGGACCCGGAAUAACUGAUCGUUAUGACUCUUUCAUUGACAAGGACCCUCCAUCAAUUGUUGUGCUACCAGACUCGGCCUUAUUUUAUCCUGCAUACUUUGUAUCUAUUUUGAAUUAAUUUUUCUUUCUACCA